CAAGAUAAUCUUUACUGAGUCGCUUGUGAUUAUUCUUGAGGAAAAAUGAAUUCUUAAACCAGAUAUCUGUUUUGUUAAUAUAUAUACACCAACGAUAUUCUAAAUUCAAGAUUCGUGGGAAGAGAAAAUUUUCAGACUGCUUUUUAAGCUACAUCUGUUUUAGCAAUGUUGCUGCACCUGGUUAGGUAACUAGUAUCCCAUCACCUCUAAGUCUUAAAGAAGUUACUUACUUUUCGAUACGAGGCUCUCGAUUAAUGGGAAGCUUCUCUUUGUAGACAAAAAUAUGUUUAUCUCCAAGAUGAUCAACGUUUUGCUCUCUAAUCAAAGUUCCUACACUGAAUACGUUACGUUCAGCACUGUUCUGCUCUGACCAUAUGUGACCAUUUAUUAAGAAAAAGGAUCGAUUUGGACAAAGUGCACACAACGUUCUGUAUUUGAAACCGAGUUAACUAGUAGAAAAUACCACUUCAAGAGCACCUUAUGUCACUUAAAUUAGUAGCUUCCAAAAUUCAUCAAUUACCAUCUUGAAAACAAUCAAAGCUAACACAACUGAGUAAUUCUGAAAACAUUGAUUGUAUUAAAGUAAUUUGAAAAAGGAAUAUAUAUAAGAUAGUAUAGCGCAAAAAGCACAAAUCAAGUCCAAAAAACGCUGAGAGAGUAUGUGUGAGUCUGUGAAAAUCAAUGUUAUUUAAGUCGCAUGAAUAAAAAUGCAUGUCUGUGUUUGGCUUUAGAAAAUUCCCAAAAUUAUCUUUAAAUUUAUAAUUCCUUUCUCUUCUUAGGUUGUGUAUAUUUUAGUUAACACCUAUCCACUUAGUUUAAGAUGUGCUCUAGUAAGCAGCAAGGAUGUUGAGUUUCGACAACUAGUCCCAAAUACGUACUACAGGUUUCAGUAGUAAUUCUCAUCUUAACAUUUGUGAUAAAUGGAGCCUGUUUGUGUCUAGCUGAUAUAUAGUAUCGGACCAAACAAAUAUCUCAACAUGCAUGUCGCGUAUCAUUUCUCCCUUUGCAACUCUACGUCCAUAAAAUAAGGACAUACAACUGGAAGAUAUGAGUAGGCUACAACGGUUUGGUCAUAGGUGUCUUUUAAACAUUACUGGCGCCUCGUGGAACUGUUGAGUUAGUAGUAAAGAUACUAGAUAUAGGAUUGCAGGUAAAAAUGGUAAAUAGGCUGAUCAAGCUAUCAAUAUUCAUCGGUUGAUGUAAUCUGGACCUUUGUUACGUAUACCUAACUACGACAUACCUAGACCAGUGAUGUUUGCUGGUGUAGGAGUAAGCUUGAAGAUAGAUAUGGACAACUAACUCAAAAUGUGGUGUCGUAGUAAACGAAAACCUGUGCAAAGAAAAAUAAUUUAUUUUUUAAUAUAAAAUUACACAGUGGCCUGGUAAAACAUGAAGAUCAUACAUUUAAUGCAUCAUUUGCCCACUUUCUUUGAGUUGUCUUUUAUUUACUUUAUUUAACCUUGGCCAAGCAACUAGUAAACAUUAUGGAGCAUUGGGUAACUGUUUUAAAUCUAUAUGUGACUACCCUUUAACCGUGUUUUACAAUUUUAUCGGGGAUCCAACUAAGGGCCUAUCUUAAAAUCGUUGAUGGCUUUUUCCUGAAUAUUAAAUUUACUUAUAAUGAACUACUACAUAAUGAAUUCAUAUGUCUAUUCCGUUUCUUUAAUACUUACUCAUAGAUCUGAUAAACUGAUGAAUUAUAAUCAAAACUAAAAGCCAACGGACAAUUGUCAAAAUGGAAAGUAAAAAUGCUAUUAGUUCAUGGUCCAAAGAAAAAUUAGAAGAUCAAUACUUACGAUUGUAUGAUGAUUAUUUAACAUUAAAAAAACAUGCAUGUAAACAAGAGGAUCGUAUCAAAAAAAUGGCAACUAAAAUUCUACGUUUAGCUAAUGAUAAGAAAGAUUCUGAUCCUGGAACUGUAUGGAAAGAAGAUUAUCAAGAACAAAUUGAAGUGUUAGAAAGAAAAAAUGCCACAUUGACGCGAAAAUUAGCAUUAGUACAAAAUCAGUUAAACGUUCAAAAGCAAAGAAUUGGUAGUGCACCUCUUUCAGCUAGAAAAGCAAGUUCUGCAACUAUUCAAACGACAAGUCGUAAUUCGUUAGUUGGUGAAAAAUCUAUGAAUAAUUCUAAUGUUAUACAAACAUUACGUUUUCAAAAUUCUGCAUUUGAAAAAACUAUACAAAAAUUAUCUGAACAAUUAAAAGAACGUGAUGAAUUAAUUAAUCAAUUAAAACAAGAAUUACAAAUGAAAGAGAAAAUUCAUACAAACGAUUUAUUUACACUUGGUGAACAAGUCACAUCAAAACAAAGAAUUGCUUUACAAGAAAAUCUUGAUUUAAUUCGUACACAAAGAGAAUUACGUGAAAAACAAUCAAUCAUUAAUAAUUUAGAAUCACGUAUUAAAGAAUCAGAAUCCAAUUAUAAUAUAUUAAAAUCAACAAAUCAUCAAUUAAUUAAUGAAAUUGAACGUUUAACACGUGAAUCAAGUCAAUUAGAACAAAAAUUAUUUCACUUACAAUCUGAUAAUAAUUUAGCAUCAAAACAACAAUUGAAAAUUUUAGAACUUCAAUAUGCAUUUGACGAUGCAAAACGUGAAAAUCAAGCACUUAAAGAAUCAAAUGAAAAACUUAUAGCAAAUGCAUUUUCUAUUAAACCUGAACAAAAUUGGACAAUGAAAGAACAGAAAUUACGUGGACAAAUUGAUCAUUUAGAAAUGAUGGUACAUAAUUUACAACAACAAUUAAACCGAACUGAACAACAACAACAACAAUACCCCCAACAACAGCAACAAAGAAAACAAUCAAUUAAAGAGGAAAUUAUACUAAAUAAACAACAAUCAAAUCAAUUAGAAAGUAUUCCAAUGAAACAAAACAAUUCAACUGAACAAUUAACAGGAACAAAAACAACAACACAAAUGUUUGCACAAAUUACUGGAUUCACUGUUGAAGAAUUAGAAGAUGCCAUUAUGAUCUUACGAGAGCGUAAAUCAAAAUCUCAGUCAGUCAAUGAUGAUCUAUCACCGAAUUUAUUGGAUCAAAACAAAGAUCCAUUGAAACAACUUAAUGAAGCGGAAGUAUUACAUGCGGAUACAAUUAAUGAAUUAGAGAAAACACGUAAAUUAUUAAGUGUUCAAUAUAAAAUUAAUAAAGAUUAUCAAAAUGAAAUUAAACAAUUAACUGAUCAGUAUAAUGAAUUAAAAUUAGAAUCAGAACAACGUUUAAUGGAACAUAGAAAAUUAUUAGAGAUUCGUUCAAAUCGAAUAAAACAAUUAGAAAAUCAAUUACGUGUUUUAACUUAUGGUACAUUAAAUAAAUAUAAGAAUGAUCAACUUUCGAAUGACAAGCUAACAACAGAAGAUGCUUUAAAACCAGGAGAAAGCUUGAUUGAGUUACAUAUAGGUCAAUUAUAUUUGUUACCAUCGUUACUAUCGAAAUACUAUCCAACAAUAUCAUCUAAUAUCAAUCAUGAUAAUAAUUAUAAGAAUGAAGAAUUUAUUCAAUUAUUUUUAACAUGGGAUUUUUAUGAUUAUGAAACACAAGCAACAUCUAUUUUACUUGUACAUGAUUCAAUUGAUUUCAAUAUGACAAUACAAUAUCCUAUAGAAGUGAAUGAUACAUUAAUGAAUUAUUUAAUUAAGGAACCAUGCACUGUGGAAAUGCAUCAAGUUAUCAAUUCCAAUUAUCGUACUAUCGCUAUUGGAAAACUUAAUUUUUCACAAUUAUUCACUGGAAAAGACGACAUUAUAGAAUUACUCGGUCCUGGCAGUGUUAUACGUCGGCAUGGUCAAUUAGAUUUAUUCCUUAUCUCUACUCCAGAUAAUUCAAUGAAUAUUAAUGAGGUGAAUAAAGUUAAUGAGAAAAUUAAAGUAGGAACAUUAGAUUAUUGGAUACGAUUAUCUGCACCGAUGUCAGAUUCUAUUAAACUUUACAAAGAAAGAUUUCAACAAUUGCCUAAAUCUAUGUCAUCUAUUCAACAAGACCUACUUCCAAUAGAUCCAUUACAGAAUAUACUUACUAUUGAAAUUGUGAAAAUUACCAACUUGACUAAGAAUUAUUUAGAUCACUUACCAUCUAUUUAUUUUGUAUAUCAAUUUUAUAAUCAAUCAGAAUAUGCUUCCAUGAUAAUGAAAGAGAAUAUAACACCAAUAUUUAAUGAUUGUCGUACUAUUCAAUUAGAAAUGAAUGAUAAACUUGAUAAUUAUUUAAGAACAGAGAAUUUAAACAUUUACAUUGUGGAUAAUGCAGAUCCUUCACCUGAAACAAGUUGUAUUGGUUUAUCUAUCAUUCCAUUAAUUGAUUUAAUUAAUAAAAAUCAAAAAAUUGAUGGUGUAUUUGAAAUAUUCCCAUUAACUGUAUUCACAAAUAAACAACAACAAUUUAAUCGAUUGGGGAAAUUCAAUCAAAUCGAUAAAAACCUACCUAAUUGUGGUUUAUUAUAUUUAAAAAUGUAUUGGCAACGACCUUAUACUACUAUUAAUAAUACUAAUACUACUACUACUACUACUACUACUACUACUACUACCAACAGUCUUAAAACUGUGGUAUAUAACCAACCAAAUAUGGAAGAAUCCAAAGAUUUAGAAAUGGAACCAGUGAAACAGGCUGCAGAGAAACCCUACAUAACUCAAUAUGAAUCUUCUAAAGAAACUUACUUACAAUCAAAAUUAUCAUCUGAUGUCUCGUCUACAAGACCUAACGAUAAACUACAUUCUUCUGAUAAUCUAUCACAUAGCUCAGCUAAACAAAAUCAGGAUACACUUGAUCUAGAUCAAGCCAUUGUUAAAAUCCCUGAAAUAACUGUCAAUAAACCAGAUAACCAGGUGUCAAUUCAUUUACAUGAUCAUUCAAAGAUCAAUACAAGAACCGAUAAAAUAUUAUCACCUUCGAUACAAAUUCAAUUAGAAAAUUCCGAUGAGAAACUAAUUGUUCCAACUCCACAUCCUAGAACAAAAAUAACUGAGUCACAAGAUCAAAAGAAAUUGAUCAACUUGGAUGUUUCUUCACAGAAAACUAUCAAUAAUAACAAUGUCUCAAAUUCAAAACUAUCACCAACUAUUCAAUCCAUCUCUACUAAUGAUGAUGAUAAUCAUGUGAAAAUUGAAUUACAUGGAUUACAAUUAACAGAUUUAUCUAAACUAUCCAAAAUGAAUCCAUCAUUACCAAAUCAAUUAUUUAUUGAAUAUUCAUUUCUUGGUUAUAAAGAACCAUUUGAAACUGGUUCUUAUCCAUUAAUUGAAUGGAUAGAUAAUAAUAAAAAUAUAUUAAAAGCAAAUUUCUAUUAUAGUAAAACAUUUCCAGUUGAUUUUACAAAGAAUUAUGAACGUAGACAAUAUUUAGCAAGUUAUUUAUUACCGGAAGAUCCAAACAAUGGUAAUUUAAUAUUUAUUAUUGUUAGUGAACCAUCUACAUCAACAACACAAUCAGCUGAAUGUGAAGAAAUUGGUUAUGCUAUGAUUAAUAUUAGACAAAUAAUACGAGAUAAUUGUGAUAUAGAUCAUGUAUUUAUUCCAAUCACAGCUGCUAAAACCGUCGAUGGUGAAACAGAGAGUUUAAAUGAAAUCGGUAGACUUUGUGUAUCAUUUUAUGGUUUAUCAGCACUUCGUGCAAUCAUUGCUGAAAUGCCUCAAGUUAAAUUGGCUAUUUAAUCAGCUAAUCGGUUGCACAGACUCAAAUACAAUUAUUUGGUCUUAUAAAAGUAUUCCACAAUAUGAUAACUAUUUUUUUUUUCAUUGUAAAACGACAUUUCCAUAGAAAAAUAUUUUUUAUGGGGAAAUCGUUGUUUUUU